GGGGAAGUGGAGAGGAUUCCUAGAGAGAAAGGGGAGGGUGGUCUCAUACCGGAAGUGCAUCUCCACCCCCCACCAACCCACCUCUCCUGUAGGGAAGCUUCUUCUGUCUCCCCCAAGCGCUGCAUCGGUGGCCCCACCUGGGAUCUGGUGAGCCGCCCCCCCCCCAAUUGUCUAUUUGAAGGGUAGGGGUCCCUGGGCUGCAGGGGUGGGUGCCUAGGAGGACCUGAAAGGGAGGGGUGAGGAGGGGGAGAUUCCGGGAUCCCAGGCUUUGAAUGGGGAGAAAAUGUGGGGUGGGGGGGUUAGGGGUAGCCGGCUGAGAGUGUGUAGGGAGCCAAACCCUGGCCCCACUUUACCCCAUAGGGAGGCAGCCUCUGCAGCAGAUUCACCUGGGAUUUGCCCAACACAACACAUAAUAAUAAUAAUAAUAAUAAUAAUAAUAAUAAAUUUGUACCCCGCCCAUCUGGCUGGGCUUCCCCAGCCACUCUGGGUGGGUUCCAACAAAGAUUAAAAAUACAUUAAAAUGUCACACAUUAAAAACUUCCCUGCACACAAGCUUUUAGGGAUCUGGGCUUCUUUCUCCCUCCUUUCUGCAGCCAGCAAGAGGCCCCUUGGAUGUUUCAUGCCAUAGGGAGGUUUCAAGUAGGUCUGCAGGGCUGGGCUGGGGGGCUGGGCGAGAAUCAUCAGCUGCGCUUCUGUUAGGAUUUGCACCGCCACCACAGUCAGGCACAUACCCUCCAACAUUUUUAUUUUUACUUUUUAAUAUAAUUUUUAUUAAGUUUUCUGUUUUACAGCUUUGAAUAUUCAUUUAGACAACCUUGAAAUAUCAGUGACUUCCCUUCUUCUCUUUCCAUGGUUCAUUUUGCAUAGCAUAAAUCCCUGCAUAUUUUAUAUAAACUAAAGCAUUCAGUAUUCCAUUAUUACUUCCAUCAAAACUUAUUUACACUGUUGAAUUCAUCUUGAUGCUGCCAACGUUUUCAAGUGUACACAAUCCCCCCCCAUAUAUUCAAUAAACAUUUUACAAUCUUCUUUAAACAAAUGUUCUUCUUGUUCUCUUAUUCUGUAAAUUAGAUCCGCAAGCUGUGCAUAUUCCAACAGUUUAAGUUGCCAUUCUUCUUUGGUUGGGACUUUGCUCGUAUAAUAUUAUCAUAAUCAUCAUACUAUGAUUUAUACCCCGCCCAUCUGUCUGGUUUGCCCCAGCCAUUCUGGGCAGCUUCCAACAUAUAUAAAAACAUAAAGGUAAAGCUAAAGGGACCCUGACCAUUAGGUCCAGUCAUGACCGACUGGGGUUGCGGGGCUCAUCUCGCUUUACUGGGUGAGGGAGCCGGUGUACAGCUUCCGGGUCAUGUGUCUAGCAUGACUAAGCCACUUCUGGCGAACCAGAGCAGCGCACGGAAAUGCCGUUUACCUUCCCGCCGGAGCGGUACCUAUUUAUCUACUUGCACUUUUACGUGCUUUCGAACUGCUAGGUUGGCAGGAGCAGGGACCGAGCAAUGGCAGCUCACCCCGUUGUGGGGAUUCGAACCGCCAACCUUCUGAUCAGCAGGUCCCAGGCUCUGUGGUUUAACCCACAGCGCCACCCGCGUCCCUUAUAAAAACAUAAUAAAUUAUUAAACAUUAAAAAACUUCCCUGUACAGGGCUGGGGGGGGGGGGGUCGGAUAGCUACAUACCUUCUAGCAUUUCCCUGAUGAAAAUAGGGAGGUCCCAGGGAAAAGCGAGACAUUCAGAGAUCAAAUCAGAAACCAGGGUGGCUUCUGUAAGUAAAUCCCUGGAAAAUAGGGACACUGGGAGGGUCUCCAGGCACGGUGGACACUCGUGUGUGUUGGUGUGCGCUUUCAGACGUGCAGCACAUAACCCGUGCAGGGGAACUUUUUUUUUGUCCCGGAGUACAGAAGCACAGCUGAAAAUGGGAACCCUUUUUAAUCUAAGGCAGCAGGUACCAGUGGGAAGUAAACAGCUUGUGUGCGAGUGGUUUAUGGAUUACGCAGUGAGGAUUAAAGAGAAGGGGUGGGGAUGGGAAUCAGUGGAAGGCUGAGAGCCAUAAGGGAUGGACUGGAGAGAGGGAUGGAUACAGGAUCCUCUGAUUCCCAAGGGCAUGGAAGGCUUUAAUCCAGAGCCCUCACGUGACAUAACUGCCCUCUAAUCCCCAGUACGGUCAUACCUCGGAAGUCAAAUGGAAUCCGUUCCGGAAGUCCAUUCGACUUCCAAAAAGUUUGGAAAACAAAGCGCUGCUUCUGAUUGGCUGCAGGAAGCUCCUGCAGCCAAUAACUUAUAUGAAACAAAGCAACAUUCAACAAUCCAACAGAAUCUAAUAGGAAACAUCAGCAAGUAAUAAUUAAGCAGUUCAACUACAAUAAAGAAUUACCAAUAUAUAAUCAAUAAAAGUAACAGCAAAUCACAAUGCGUAAAAUACCACAAAACAUACAAAACCAUGUAAAGGAUCAAACUGAGAAACAAAGAAGCACAACUUAUGAAACUAUUUUUUAAACAAUAAUAAUCUCUGAAUGAAUGAAAUAUUCCCUGUUGCUGCUGCUGCUGCUGCUGCUGCUCUCAAAGUCAUAGUCUGAGAAAGGCUAAGUGGGGCAAGGCAGGAGGAAACGCCAUUGCCUGAUGAGGAACUGAAAAUCUGUCUCCCCUCACCUCUAGAGACUGAUAUGGGAGAGACAUAAUAAUAAUAAUAAUAAUAAUAAUAAUAAUAAUAAUAAUAAUUUUUAUACCCCACCCUUCCCAGUUCAGAAAACCAGGCUCAGGGCGGCUAACAACAAAUUUAAGACACUUAAUUAUAAAAGCAGCAUAAAAUAUGAAUAACAAUAAAAUUCAAAAAUCAAUUUAGGGCUAGCUGGCUGAAUUGGUCCUACUUGGGCCAGCGAGGAGGCCAGGGGAGAACUAGCUGUGGGGUCUCAGAGUGGGUAAUCUUCAUAAAAGGGGAGGGGGAGGGAAGGGAAAGGAAACAAAAGAUCAGGCUGAAUUCAAAUUAAAGGUCAGGCGGAAUAGCUCUGUCUUACAGGCCCGACAGAAGGAGGUUAAAUCCUGAAGAGUCUUAGUCUCAUGGGACAGAGCAUUCCACCAGGUUGGAGCCAUCACUGAAAAGGCCCUGGCCCUGGUGGAGGAUAGUCUAAAUUCUUUAGGGCCCGGGACCUCUAAACUAUGGUUAUUCAUGGACCUUAAGGUCCUCUGCGGGGCAUACCAGGAGAGGUGGUCCCGUAGAUACGUUAAUAUAAAUAUUUAUUUAUACAUAAAUAUAAGCAGUCCAAAUGCCCAAAUAGAUAUCUAAAUGAAAGUGACUAUUAUAAGCCAUGCAGUCAGAUGUAGAAAGAGCAGUGAGAUCUUCAGGCCACUGGGUGUUAGAUGUUGAGUCUUCCUCCAUUCAGCCUUGCAGUAACUUAGCCCCAUAAGGACUUGGAGAACCCAUGUUUGUUGUCCAUCUGUUAGUCCAAAGAGCUGCUUCGUAGCCAGACUCGUCCAGCUUUGGUGAACGGAAAGCUUCUAGCCGUAACAAUUCAAUGAUUCUCUAACAAGCCAUUUUCUUCACUUUGCAGGGCUUGGUUGUACCUUGAAUCAGGGCAGCUUUUGCCUUGAAAAGGCAGAUUGGAAGAAGAGAGGAGAGCCAGAGGAUUCCUUGGAGCACAGACCCAACAUGGAUGGACAAGCCACAGCUGGCCUUGACACCACCCGGGUUGGGAGGAGUGAGGGAUUCUGGGAAAGAACCGUGCAGAAUAUCCUGGGUGCGGAGGACGCCCUCAGCUCAGACGCUCAGCGCCAACGUUUUAGGCGGUUCCACUACCAGGAGGCCGAGGGCCCCCGAGAGGUUUGCAACCUGCUUCAUGACUUCUGCCGUCGGUGGCUGAAGCCACAGCUUCACUCUAAGACUCAGAUCCUGGACCUGGUGAUCCUGGAGCAGUUCCUGGCUGUCCUCCCCCCGGAGAUGGAGAACUGGGUCAGGGAAUGUGGAGCAGAGACCUGUUCCCAGGCGGUGGCCCUGGCCGAAGGUUUCCUCCUGAGCCGAGCAGAGGACAAGAAGCAGAAAGAGCUGCAGGUUUGAAAAAGUUUUGUUCUGGUGGUUUGAAAGGGCUGAGGAACGUGAAGCAGAAAAUCCCAAAACUACCUAUAUUUUUCAAAUCCUUUCUGAAACAUAGCUCUCAACCGUCCCUUAUUUGGCGGGAAACUCCCUUAUCCCAGCGCCAUGUCCCACUGCUGUCCCUUAUUGAUGAUGUCCCUUAAAUUUCCCAGGUUUCAUGCUUGCCCGGCUCGGGAGGGAAGCAGCGGCUCGGGGUCCUCCGCCGCGCGAGAGAGAGCGUGCACGAGCUGACGCGUCUCCGUCUCUCCCUUUUCCCCCUCAGGGGCGCGUCGUGAGGAGACGGGUGGCGGCGGGCGGGCGGGCAGCCCCUCUCUUGCAAGACUUCUGCCGCGCUGCCAGGGGAAGCCGGAGGCGGCAGCGGCGGCUGAGGAGGCGCCCUGGCGGAGGAGGAAGAGGAGGGGAUGGGGAGGGACGCAGAAGGGCGGCGCUUCAGCGGCGGCCACAGCGCCACAACCGCCUCAUGCCGGGCUCACGGGCGGUAUGGGCAAGAGUCUCUCUCCCUCCCUCUCUCUUGGGCAGGGAAGGGCCGAUGGAACUCCUCAUGCCAGAACGACGGCAGCCCCGACGUGCUAUUUAGCAUACCCUCCAACCAGUGCAGCAUCUUAAUGUAGUGAUUUCCCCCUCUGCAUCCCUUUCAUAACUCUAUUUUUAUAAAUCAUUUGUCCAUCCAUUUUUUUUUAAAUGAUAUUUAUUCCAAGUUUAAAAUUACAAAAACAAAAAAGAAAAACAAUACAAAAUACAAAGAAAAAUUUAACCAUAGCAAAGCGAGAAAUAACAAGAAAAAAGUGAACAAUAAAAUAGAAUAAAAAAGAAGACGAAACAAAAAAUAUAAAAAUGCAUUGAGUUAGAAUAGAACAAAAACAGAUUAAACCUUUACGUAACCUUUUCCCUUUACUUAUUUCCAUGACAUCCUCUCACCUCCCAAUUUUGUAUUCUAGUUCAGAUCGUAUUUCCAGCAAAUCCUUCUAACCUUAUUUUCAUUUACGUAUUUUAAUUUAAAAUAAUGUAAUUAAACAUCCUCUGUUUCAUCAAUUUCAUCAACUCAUUUUUGCUUAAUCCUUUAUAUCAUAUCUACCAAAACGACCUAAUUUUCUUUUUCCAACAUCUUUCUAACAGUCUUUUAUAUUACAAUAUUUUUGAAGGUAUAUUUUAAAUUUUUUCCAAUCUUCUUCCAUCGACCCUUCUCCCUGGUCUCGAAUUCUGCCAGUCAUCUCAGCCAGUUCCAUGUAGUCCAUCAUUUUCAUCUGCCAUUCUUCUCGGGUGGGUAAUUCUUGUGUCUUCCAGUACUUUCCGAUGAGUAUUCUUGCUGCUGUUGUAGCAUACAUAAAAAAAGUUCUAUCCUCCCUUCGCACCAAUUGGCCGACCAUGCCCAGAAGAAAGGCCUCUGGUUUCUUCAGAAAGGUAUAUUUAAAUACCUUUUUCAAUUCAUUAUAUAUCAUUUCCCAGAAAGCCUUAAUCCUUGGGCAUGUCCACCAAAGGUGAAAAAAUGUGCCCUCAGUCUCUUUACAUUUCCAACAUUUACUAUCUGACAAAUGGUAAAUUUUUGCUAGCUGGGCUGGGGUUAAGUACCACCUGUAAAUCAUUUUCAUUAUAUUUUCUCUUAAGGCAUUACAAGCCGUAAAUUUCAUACCUGUGGUCCAUAACUGUUCCCAGUCAGCAAACAUAAUGUUAUGUCCAAAGUCUUGUGCCCAUUUAAUCAUAACAGAUUUAACCGUUUCAUCUUGUGUAUUCCAUUUCAACAGCAAGUUAUACAUUCUUGAUCAUUUGUCCAUUUGUCCAUCCAUAGUUCAAAUUUUUACUACAAGUUUUCCGUCAAUCCUACCAAUGUAUGUAACUCUUUACAAUAGCUUUUCAACUAAAUUAUAAACUUUCCCCAUUCUUUAUGAAAGAGGUCCUCUUCCUGGUUUCUAAUUCUGCCUGUAAGCUUUGCCAUCUCAACAUCGUUCAUCAGUUUUGUCUGCCCCUCUUCUUUGGUCGGAGUUGUAGACCCUUAGGAUCAUCUAGUCCAAUCCCCUGCAAAACACAGUCAGUGGCAGCCAAAGCAGCAUGGCUCCAUCAGUGGCGGAUUUCUGUAUAAGCUAAGCAAAAUCCCUUAUUUUCAAAUCUGUAAGUUGACAGCUAUGUUCUGAAAAUGUCCCAAACGCCAAAGCCUUUGCCGCUAACGCUCCUUUUCUCAUCCUCCCCCCGUUCCCUCUUUCCGGUUAAGGGUCUGUUAACAGAAGUAGCCACUGAUUUCCUUGAUGCUGUGAAGGCUCCAGAGAACAUCAGAGAGAUUCCCCUGCAAAGGUGGAAGGUUCAGGAGGAGAAGGAGGGAGGCGCCAUCUUGCUGGGUAAUGGAGCAUGAACAUGAACUUGGUCUCCUUCCAUUAAUCAUUGGGAAACAAUUUUUUUGUUGCAUUGACACCUGCAGUUGUUCUAACCUGAUUUUGACGUGCUGAUUUCAUAUCAGAAGUUGGUUUUGUUCUGUAAGCUCCAGUUUUUUUGCAAUUCCUGUUUUUCACUUUUCACCAUAAUCUUUCACAACGCAAGAAUUCAGUAUUUUAUUAAACACAUAGCCAAAGUAGUACAAUAUGAGUAUAAAUGUAAGUGACUUAUAUAGCAUUGAACAUGACAUGUAUCGCAUUGAAAAUGACAUGUAUAUCUAUGUACAGUUGGAGGUAUGCAAAAAAAUGUAUUCCCUUGGGAUACUGGGGAACAUUUUUUUUUUCCUUUUUGUUUUGCAUGAGAUUUUUCAACUGUUCUUAUAUGUUCUUAUAUGGUCCAAUCUGAAAAAUACAAAUAUUUAGGUUAGGUUAGGUUAGGUUACAAAACUAUAAAAAUAAAUGAAAAUUAAGUUUGCAAAACAAUAAUUACCAUGUGGUUAGGGUAGAUCAACGUAUCAGUGUGCACUUAUCCCCAGUGUAAAUAUGACAUAUCGGCAAAAGUCGGAAACUGCAAGAUAACUAUAGCAUGCACACGAAAAUCGAUUUCAGAUUUGAAAUCAGCAUUGAAAGAACAUAUAAGAACAGUUGAAAAAUCUCAUGCAACAGAAAAUGGGAAAAAAAUUGUUCCCCAGUGUUAUGGAAGAAAUCCAAGAAAUCCUUCUGUGUUCUCCUGACUCUGCUGUGUGUGUGUGUGUGUGUGUGUGUGUGCGUGCUCGUGCAGGGGGGCGAGAUACACUUCCUUCUGGUCCUUUUCCACAGUUCAAUGUGAUGUUUAUUUUCAGCACUUGAACACAUGGAAGCCAACUUGUACUUUGCCAAGAUCCCAGCUGGGGAGAGAUGUCUUUGCACAGUACCGUCAAACCUCGGUUGUCAAAUGUAAUCCGUCCCAUUUGGCUUCCGAAAUGUUUGAUAAUCGAGGCACGGUUUCUGAUUGGCUGCAUGAGAUUCCUGCACUCCAGCGGAAGCCGCUUCAGACGUUUGGCUUCUGAAAAACGUUUGAAAACCAGAACACUUCCGGGUUUUUGGCAUUUGGGAGCUGAAAUGUUCCGAAACGGAGGCGUUUGGGAACCGAGGUUUGACUGUACUGAAAAGGAAAGCGUCUAUAUAACGAAAUAUACAUGACAGAUUAUAAUGUACAUGACAUUUUGUAAUAUACACGACAUUUUGUAAUAUACAUGACAUUUUGUAAUAUACAUGACAUUUGUAAUAUACAUGACAUUUUGUAAUGUCAAGGGGGUGCUUAGACAUGGGCCACUUAACCUCUGAGACAAGCCCAUUCUGAUCUCUGUCCUCCACCUUUGUCUCUCACAGGCGAUGGAAUGAUGCCAGCGAGACUUAACCAUCCAUUUCUUUCUGGUGGAAGGGAAGCGGUUGCUGUGGCAACGGACCAGGUAAGGGGAAGGACCAAUGGGGCUGCCAGGAGGUAGUCAGGGUGUGUCUGUAUUUUGGCAUUUAAAGGGGGAGGGAAGUUAUGGGGUCAAGGAAGUUGCCCAACAGGAAGGCUGUGGAUGCAGGGGUUGCAGGUAGGCAGCAUUGGUGAGUUUUAUGAAUUGGGGUGGUGUUAUCUAUAAAGGGGGAAAUAUUUGCUUUUCUUUCAGGACCCAGCAUCGUUUGAGGAUGUGGCUGUGUGUUUCACGGCAGAGGAGUGGGUUCUGCUGGAUCCUGACCAAAGAGCUCUACACAAAGAAGUCAUGGAGGAGAACUGUGGGAUCGUGGCCUCUCUCAGUAAAAGUAUAUUUCCCUGGAUUAUAAUAUUUCUUUAGAAAUUAUAUAUGAAUUUUAGCUGCUGCUUCUGUUUUGCAGAAUCCCAACAAUUUAGUACCUCCUUCUUUCCAUAAAGUAAAGGGUAAAGGGACCCCUGACCAUUAGGUCCAGUCAUGGCCGACUCUGGGGUUGCGGCGCUCAUCUCACUUUAUGGCCGAGGGAGCCGGCGUACAGCUUCCGGGUCAUGUGGCCAGCAUGACUAAGCCACUUCUGGCGAACCAGAGCAGCACACGGAAACGCCAUUUACCUUCCCGCCAGAGCACUUUGACAUGCUUUCGAACUGCUAGGUUGGCAGGAGCAGAGACUGAGCAACGGGAGCUCACCCUGCGUCCCCCUUCUUUCAAUAGAGCAGGAUUUAUCUAUUUUUCUUUAUCGAAACAUUUAUAUCCCCCCCUUUCCAUUGAACAGAAAUCUACAAGUUGGCUAACAAUGCUUGGACCUCAAUAUGAACAAUUAAAACCAGAACACAAUCAAAACAACAGUUUGUAAAAGUGAGAGAGAUAUAUGGGCAUAUCUGUACACAUAAUCCAUAUUUGCAAAGAAGCUUUAAUAAUGACAUUAGAUUUUUUUAAAACUGAUGAAUUUAAUAAUUUCCCAAGUGCCCAUGAAAAAUCCUGUUGUAUAUUCAUGGAACUUAGCACAACAGUUCAAACUGGUGAAUUAUUUUCUAUGUCUUGCCCUGAUGCACAAUAGAUUUUCAAAUUUUGACAAUUCCUUCCUUAAAAAUAGGGUUUUGUUUUGUUAAAUGUUAACCUUGUUUUUUCUUUUUAAAGAAACUGCAUUAGCAUGUCUUCUGCAAAUUAUGUCCCUCCCUGUUCUCUCAAUUCCACCAUGUCACACCCACUAAAUUGACACUCUCCUUUAGAAUCAAAAACUCUGGCUCUUCCAUCUUGUCUUGGUGGUUUCUGUCAUCAGAAUAUAACCACCUAUAUGUGGUCUGUCACAAAAGGAUUUCAAGCUCUUUUUCUACCUCAUUUUCCUGUUUUCAUUACAGCACGCGGAAAGGACCUUCAUCAUAGUUCUGAUCUUGCUACACAUCAAAGCAUCCAUAUUGGGGAGAAACCUUAUCAGUGCCUGGAGUGUGGAAAGAGUUUCCAUCCGAACAGGACUUCACAUCAGAUAAUUCACACAGGGGAGGAACCAUAUCGGUGCUUAGAGUGUGAAAAGGCUUUUCAUGAGAACAAAAGUUUCACUUAUCAAACUCAUCAGAAAAUUCACACAGUGGAGAAAACCUAUGCACCCUUGGAGUGCGUGAAGAGCUUUGGACAAAACAGAACUCUCACUAAUCAUCAGAGAAUUCACAGAGAAGAGAAACCCUAUCAGUGUUUGGAGUGUGGAAAGUUCUUCAGCAGCAGGACGAAGCUCACUGAUCAUCAGAGAACUCACACAGGGGAGAAACCAUAUCAAUGCUUAGUGUGUGGAAUGAGCUUCACUCAGAAGAGGAAUCUCACCUGUCAUCAGACAAUUCACACAGGGGAGAAACCAUAUCAGUGCCUGGAGUGCGGAAAGAGCUUCAGGCAGAAUUUAACUCUUACUUACCACCAAAGAAUUCACACCGGGGAGAAACCGUACGAAUGUUUGGAGUGCAGAAAGAGCUUCAUUCGGAAGUGCGAUCUCACUUAUCACCAAAGAACUCACUCCGGGGAGAAACCACAUAAAUGCCUGGAGUGUGGAAAGAGCUUCAUGCAAAAGACGAGCCUCACUUCUCAUCAAAAAAUUCAUACCGGAGACAAACCAUAUAAAUGCUCAGAGUGCGGGAAGGGUUUCUGCCUGAACAAAGACCUCAUUCGCCAUCAAAGAGUUCACACAGGGGAGAAACCGUACAAAUGCCUGGAAUGUGGGAAGUGCUUCACACAGAAGACGAUUCUUACUGCUCAUCAGAGAGUUCAUACUGGGGAGAAACCGUAUCAGUGCUUGGAAUGUGGAAAGGGCUUCACACAAAAGGCAAAUCUCACCUAUCAUCAAGGAAUUCACACAGGGGAGAAACCGUAUCAGUGCUUGGUGUGUGGAAAGUGCUUCUGUCUGAGCAGGGACCUCACUUCUCAUCAAAGAAUUCACACGCAGGAGAAACCAUACCAGUGCAACGUGGGAACGGCUUCGAUACAAGGGCAUACCUCCAUCGUCAUGAAAGAAUUCACUCAGGGGCAAAAACAUAUAAGUACCUGGAGUGUGGAAAGAGCUUCAGAUAGACUAUAACUCUUACUUAUCAUCAGAUAAUUCACUCAGUGGAAAAGCGUGUGAAUUCUGUGAUUGUGGAAAGCAUUACCGUAUGAAUUCAUGAUUUCAAGGCUCUCUGCCCCACCCCUGACCAUAUAGGGUUUUUUUAAAUCCCCAAUUAAACAUUAACCCUGACCCCAAAUUGAUUUGGGGCCAGAUCCUGGUUGGGUGUCCCCCUGGUUAGGGUGAGGGGUGCAGCCCUAGGAGCAAACAAGUUACAUUAUCCAUGUAUGAAUUCAGUAUUUUUUGGUUUGUUAGACUUCCUGAGCAACGCCAGUUCCUUUCUGCUAGUGUGUGUAGAUACUGACACACAAGCAAGCAAGCAAACAUAUCAUGUGAUGGAUGCCCAGGGUGGUCCUAGCAGGAAGAGUCAAACUUUGUUUCACUCCUGCAACUGAUGGGUGGAGGAACGGGGAUAGGGAGAGAUUUGGGAUAUCAUUGAACAAGCGUAACUCUGGCGUUGGGAGGAGCUGGGUGCAUUUUCUCAUCUAAGUGGACUUUGGGUUGCAAACCUCUUUAAGAAAUGCUUCGUUUCUCUUUCUGAAAGCAUCUAAAAGAAGAAGAAAUGUAUAUUUACAGUACUGGACACAGCUGUGUAAAACAAGGAAAGGAUGCUCUGCAUGGUAUGUUGGUGCUAGAAAAACAGGAUAGAGCUUUUCGUAUACAUAAGUGAAAUAAAUGUCUUAAACUGUG